CACAGCACGAAAUCUCUGAAGCGUCGAAGGAGAUUAAGGCGGCCCAGCAGCAACUGCGUGGGGCCUCAAAGAACAGCGCCUGCGAGGCGACCCUGAAGACGAUGCUCAAGGCGGCGCGGAAGAAGCGCAGCAUCGCGAGGUGGAGAGCACUGGAAACGUUCUUCGAGGGCUAUGUACGGCAGCUCGAGAAGAAGAGCCGCGAGGGGGAUGAAGCGGGUUUCUACAGGCACCUGAAGAUGAUCGACGACGGCAAGGUCCUUCGGGACCCCACGUUUAUUCGCCAACGGUGGGCACGGUGGUUCCACAAGCUUCUCAACACCAAGUCGCCGACCAUCGACCUGCAUGCGGCUGACAAGAGUCAAGCAGUGGCCCACGUCGUUCCGCUCGACGACAUCCCGUCUCUAUUCGAGGUUGAGGAGGCGGUCCGGGGAAUGGCCAACAGAAAGGCCGUCGGGCCGGACGACCUACCGGCUGAGCUGAUCAAGCUUUUCCUGGACGGAGAUCAAGGUCUCCUCCGCGAGUUCCACGCCAUUGUCGUGGACGUGUGGCAGACUGGGGACGUACCACAGCAGUGGAAGGAUGCCACCAUCAAAGUGCUGUUCAAGAAGGGGGACACGAUGGAGUGCGGCAACUACCGGGGCAUCUCUCUCGUCGCACACGCCGGCCAGGUGAUGCUUAAGGUCGUCGCUACACGACUGAGCCACUACUGCGAGCGAGAGGGCAUCCUCCCGGAGGAGCAGAGCGGUUUCCGCCCACACCGGUCGACGCUCGACAUGCUGUUCGCCAUCCAGCGGCUCCAUGAGCUCGCGAGGAAGAAGAGUACUGCGGUGUUCGCGUGCUUCGUCGACCUCACCAAGGCAUACGAUUCGGUAGACCGAGACCUAUUGUGGGACGUGCUCCGACGCUUCGGCGUGCCCCCGAAGAUGCUGGCGGUCAUUCGCCACUUCCACGAGGGCAUGAGGGCGCGCGUCCGAACGGACGACGGGCAGUACUCGGAAUGGUUCGACGUGGGCCAAGGCCUCCGACAGGGAUGCAACCUGGCCCCGCUGCUGUUCAACUUGUUCUUUGCCGCGAUGCUCAUGGUCGCCGUGGCCGAGUUCGACAAGGACCCCAAGGUGACGGCGGACAUGGUCAAGAUCGGGACACAAGUGGAGUACACGGGCAAGAAGGGCAGGUCGGCGGGGAGGAAGACGACGGUGGUGACGGACGCGGAGGCCUUGUGGGCCAUGCUCUACGCUGACGACGCGGCCAUCGUCUCGCGCUCGCCGGAGAGUCUCGAGAAGAUGAUGUCGGUCAUCGUGCGCGUGGCCGGCCUGUUCGGACUGAUGGUGUCGGAGCCAAAGACAGAGAUCAUGUGCAUGCUGCCAAAAGGGAUCGAGGAACACCCGUUCACGGUCAGCGCCGCCGGCCAGACGUACAAGCAGACAGAUCGGUUUGUGUACCUCGGACGUACCAUCUCCGCGGACGGGAAGGCCGACCGGGAGAUCACGAGCCGCAGCUGCCGAGCGUGGAAGUGCUACCGCCGGAACAGUGCUUCGAUGUACGACAGGCGACGGGCCGACCGCCAGCUCAAGAUCCGGCUUCUCCAGGCUGAAGUGGUGGAGACUCUCCUGUAUGGGUGCGCCUCGUGGAGCCUAACAGCGGAGCACUACACGAAGCUCAAUGGGACCCACCGCCAGUUCCUUACACGGUGCAUCGGCUGGAGCAAGCGGAAACGCUCAGACCGCCCCCUGUCCUAUGCCCAGGCCCUCAUCCUGUCUCUUAUACACAUCUAGAUGUGUAUAAGAGACAGAGUGAGUCCCUCGCGGGCGAACCAGGACACAACAGAUAGUAGGCGGGUGGUGUCCCAAGGUGCAACUCACCGCCGCGCUGGCUCAGCGUGGCGGUGAGGAUGCCAAGACGGUGGUAGUGGCGAGAGGUGUGUAUGGACACUGUUCCCGCGGCAGUAAUGCAAAGCGGCAAACUGCACCUGGCAACCACCGUCGCGGAAAGCGUGGCCCACGAAGCUGGAGGAGUAGAGAGAUUCGUAAACACCACGUCAGUAAGCACCGCUCGCGGGGGAAGGGAGACAACCGCGGGCACCGCGGGGAGGGAGUGCUGCACCCUCCUCGUCAAAACACCACAGGCAAGAACCGAGCUCUGCAGAGAUGGAUUGAUGCGAGGAAACUCGCCGCUCGGAAGAGACGGAAGAAAGCACACCCGCAACGCGAGGUGGACCGAGAGAGACACGAGACCGCAGCGGCCGUCAAGGCAGCUGCGAAGAAGAAGGCACGAGAGGGCGACCUAUCGUUCGGCACGUUCAACGUA